AUGCCUUCCACUUCCACUCCAGUUUUCACUUCUAGCGAGAGCCAAAACCGAUGGAUAAACCAUAUGAGGCUCAACUACAUCACCAACCAUACAGUCUCCCCCUGCGUCUUCCAUGUUCCAGACAACUUGAGGGACACCAAGCCCGAGGCUUAUACUCCUCAGCUAGUAGGACUCGGACCAUACCACCAUUUCUGGCCACAAGUUCAGCACAUGGAAAGCGACAAACGGGCAGCUGUUUUAGAUUAUCUGAAAGCUCUUGACGACGAACACUUCAGCAAACUUGUUAAGGAAGGUCCUGAAGAUUUUGAACCCAAAAUUCGUUCGUGUUACGACAGAUACCUCGACCUGGACAAGGAGACCUUGGCUUGGGUAGUCAUUGUGGAUGGCUUGUUUUUGAUUCAUUACUUGGGCAACGGGGAUGUGGGAAAGAGCAGGAUUUACUUGAACCCUGAAGCAUUGGCUGCCGACGUAUUGAUGCUCGAGAACCAAAUUCCAAUUUUUCUGAUUCAGGAAAUGCUCGUGACUCUCCAAAAAAGUUUCAAUAUUUAUUCAAAUGCACAGUUGUUUGGGAAAUUCGUCCGUUUUUGUGACAAGUACUCCCCGUUAAAGCUGGCUUCAGAUUCAACCUCAAGAGACGAAGCUUUUGACAAUAUGAAGCAUCUGCUGCAUUUUAUGUACCAAAUGAUUGUCAAAAAUAUCCCUCAGGACAACAGAAAUAACAACCAUGACUCAGUUGGGAUAGGCGACGAGGUGAGUGAAAUUUCUCAAACAAAUCAAGAACAUCACAGGGAAAGCAGAGUAGGUGCAAUUGCAAAAGAGGUAGCCUCUCAUGCGGGGGAGUUUCUUGAGCACGCAAUAGAGGAAUUCGACUCUGCACUUUCGGAUGCAAAAAUGGCUGGAAUCAGACUUCCAGGAAAUGUAGAGAAAGUCACCAACAUUCUCCGCAAUUUGCAGAAGAAUAUUCAGCAUGUGAAUCACAAGAAAGAUGGAUCUUUGGGAGAUCAAAUUGGCAUUCCUUCAGCUUCACGGCUGUAUAUCUUUCUCAAGAUGAAAUUCAAUCCGCUUCCUAAAGACUGUGGUAUACGAAAUAUUACACUGGACGGGGAGAAGAGGAUACUGUGUCUUCCAGUUAUCACUCUGCGUGCUAAUUCUGAAGUCAUACUGAGGAACUUGGUGGCCUACGAGGCAACGUCGAAGAUGGGAUCGACCCAAAUGAGGGAUUAUGUGGAUUUGAUGUGCGGGCUGAUAAGAUCCGAGAAAGAUGUGGAAAUGUUGAAGAGAUCUGGAGUCAUUGAAACAAAAAUCCCUGAUGAAGAGAUAGUCAAAAUGUGCAAUGGGUUUACGAAAUCUGGUGAAAAGCCUGACGAGGUAUCUAAGGUUGCUGGCACCGUGAAGGAAGUCAGUAAUCAGUUCAACGAUGUUCGAAUUGUUAAGGCUUCUAGAUGCUGUAUGAAGGUUUCUGCAGAUUGUGUGAAAUUUUGGAGGCCACUUUUUCCGAUAUUCGUGGUGUUGCUUCUUCUUGUUCAAUCAAUUUGUGAAAUAUGGGACUGUAGGAGGAGGAGUUCUCUUGGAGGAGGAGCCUUGCGCGAUCUUUAUUUGGGGGACUUGGAUCCCGAAGCUACACUCAUGCUACCCCGGAAAAUGUAUCCAUAUUAG